AUAACCUUCCAAUGUUACGGUUUCUCUCCCCUGACCCUCUUCACUCCCAUUCAUCACUGUUUACCCAGACAACUAGAACCAGGCUUGCGACGCCGGUCGUCCAACAUGGCGGACAGAGACGGUUAAUUUCUGAAUUGAAAACUCAUCAACUCUUGUGUAAACAGAGCGGGCAGCUGACUUUCGUUGCCGAGACGGUGGAUUUAUGUGAACGAAUAGAUAACUGGACCUAUUAUUUACGUCCAUACAACAGGCCAACUUUGGGCAAUUGUCAUGCAAAUGAAGCCAAAUCCUACCUCUCUUCGUCUUAGCAACAUAUGUUGGUUCAUUGCUCUAUCUUGAAUUUAUUAAUCAACACUUAGGUCUGUUUUUCAAAGGACACAAGCUGUGAAACUUGAAACGAUCCAGUUGAUCUUUUUCAACAGAUCGCUAACAAGAGAUCAACAGCACGCGCAAUAGAAUUGCCAGAAGAUUAUUGGAGCGACGUUAAAAAGUUAAAAUUGUUGGUGCACCAGCUCGACAUGAUCGAUUUAGUCCAGUUUAAAACGGAGACCGAAAGGGCAGCUUGUCAACCAGCUGUCGCUGUGGUCGGAGUAUGAGUCGCGUUUCACGCUACAGUACACCUUCGACGUGGAAAUAGAGAUAUUAUGGAUUUCUUCCUUAUCAGACACAACCUUCGCCAAUUUGAACUCAGGUGAUGAAGUCGAUAUUUUGGGCAUAAGCUUAAUUUGCACGAUUGAAAUAAUUUGAUGUCAUAUCGUACAAAUAUCAUCUGUUUCGAGAGUCUUGUUCUCAUCUGUGUGGCCGUCUACAAAUAAACCAAAAUGGCUCACCACCGGGAUAAAGAUCGUGAACCCGACUUGAAGGGAAAACUAUCACGCAAGAUAGCUGAACUCACGAUGGUCAUUCACUUGUUGUUUACGAGAAAUCACGAGCGUGAGAUUGAAGUAGAAUCAUUGAAAACUGCAUACGAACAUGAGAUAAGUGUUAUUCUUGAAGAAGCAAAAGGAAAAAUUUCGUGGUUGGAGGGCCAACUGGAUGAACUUGAAAAAUACCGUGUUUUGUUGGACUUGAAAAAUACAGAGAUUGAGAAAAACAAACAGCAGAUCCAAGAUCUACAAAAUAGGGAGGAGGAAUUAAAUGCACAGUUGGGGCAUAAGGAUCAGCUUUUAACAAUUGCCGAAAAACAAAUAGUACAACUAAAAGAAAGCCUUAUGGACGUGUCAAACUCUAGGGAUGAUCAUUUGUCAGGUGAACUAGAAAAUGUAAAGAAGGAUAACAGUAACUUGAAAGAAAAAAUCAAGGUUAAAAAUGACAAGAUAAAGAAAAGCCAAAAUCAAGUUGAUAAUCUUCAGUCGAAAUUAAAAACAUUGGAGGAUGAAUUAAAGGAUGUAUUGGAAAAAAAGCAGAGGCUUGAAGCAAGUGUUGAUGGCUUACAAGGGGACUGGCAGGAUGAAAUUGAGAGACUGGGCCAGAAAAUUACAGAAUACACCAAACAGCAGCAAGAAGACCAAAUAAGAGCUGACAAACUUGAAUGGAAAAAUAAACAGUUGAGUCAUCAAGUAAAGGAGCUUGAGGAUGAAAAGCAACAGUUGGAACUUAAAAUUCAACAAUAUAUUGAUGAGAGAAACAAAAGAAAGGAAUCAAAGAGAUCACCAAGAUCAGUGACCAAAGGAAGUCCUGAAGUACCUCGACCAUCACCAAUUGAUAGAGAUGACGAGCUUGAACGUCUCAGGAGAGAGGUACAGCGUUAUCGACUGGAGCUGAGCAACAGGGAAAUGAGUUUCAAUCGGAUGUUUACUGAUCAUAAGCCUGUCAUUGUUGAUCCAAACAGAAGGAAAACGUCCUCUAACCUUGCUCAUGACAACUCCUUCCCAAAUCUUAGUGGUGUACAAGGACGGAAAAGAAGUGGAAUUCAACAAUUACCAGCUCUUGGGGAACAAAGGAUUCAGAGCAAUCCUCAACAACAAUUUCAUGGCUUAUGAUUCAAAUUUUAAAGAACAGGCAUGCACACAGAUUAGUGCAACUUGUAUUUAUCAAGAAAACAGAUUCUUUUGGGGUUUAUAUAUUAAAUAUUUUAGGGAACAAAUUUAUUUACAUAUUGUCAAUAAAAAUCUUAAAUUCAGUGUUAACAUUUGUCAGAAAUGAAAAAUUCUAGAUCCCAUUAAGGAAUUGAACACUCAGAUUUUGGACUAAUCAGUUGAGUAGCAGUUACAAGUUUGAGUGCCUUGGGAGAUCAGGAUUAGAUCUUUCAUUAAUUCAUGCCUUGAGCUUCUUAAUCUUUUAUUUAAUUGAUAACCAAUGGCUGACAAAUUUACUCUUCUUUAAUUUCUUUCUGCAUAAAUGUAUUCAGGAUAUCUUGCUCUUCUAGGACAAUAUCGCAUAUUUACCAAAAAGUUAUGAUAACAGUUGUCUUUUUUUUAAUCUUAAACAUUUUCUAAUUUUCAUGAACAUGCACGUUAACUCAAUAUAUCAACCACAUGCAUGGAAAGUGGCAGUUUUAAAAAGAUAACUAAAAAGAAGUGAUGUAUAUCAAAUCUUCAGUGUAAACAAUUAUUAUACAUUGUAAAUAGGAUGGUAGUGUAGAUGUAGAUUAAAAAUUAUUUCUCUA